AUGGUAGCUGAUAGCAGUUUCUCAACUGUCAACCCACAAUAUUCUCUGCUCCGCUCCUCAAGCCACUUCGCUCCCUCCGUGUGGACUCUCAGCGAAGAAGGACGUGUCCGGAAUGUGGGCCGUCGACAGUGGUGCAAUACACACCACAUUUGCCACGACAAGACCAAGUUUGCGAGACUGAACAAGCGCAACGACGGUGAAAUCUUGGUGGCGGAUGGCAACACAGUGGCCAUCAAGGGUGUUGGAACCAUCUUUGAAAAGGUGGUUCUGCCCGACGGUGAAGAGCGCGAAAUUGAGAUCAAGAACGUGCUUUACGUACCAAGCAUGAGCAAGAAUAUGCUUUCGGUACCGCAGAUCAACAAACACGGCAAGUUCCAAGUGGUGUUCGACGGGACCAAGAUGUUUGCUGCUCGCAAGGGAUCGCACCAAGUGGUGGCAACAGCAUAUCUUGUGGAUAGUCUUUACUGGCUUUACACAGCUCAUCAAUCGGCCAAUGCGGCAACAAGCGGAAACGGCGGUGUCGACUUACAUGCGCGAAUGGGAUACGCUCGAGCUGAUGUGCUUCGCAAAAUGGUGGCCACGAACAUGACCAAGGACAUAAAAGACAAGCGCAGAUACGACACCUUUGAGCUACUUCACGUCGACAUCUGCGGACCCAUCGAGAUGAAUUCUCUGGGUGGCAGCAAAUAUCUACUGCUGAUCGUUGACGAAGCCAGUGGAUGCACGAAGGUCUUCUGUCUACGUGUGAAGUCGGAGAGUGAGAACUACAUCACACGAUACAUCACGAUGGUGCAAGCGCAGUUUGGCAAGAAGGUCAAGCUCGUCUGA